AUUCCUACCAUCACAGCACUUCUCCCUCAUCUCCACAUUAUCACACAACGAAGCCCUCCAGUAUGAGAAUGGAAUAUGACGACGUCGCCUGGGAACAGAGCGAUCAAGUCUUCGACGCCUUCAAGCAGAAGAUCACCAGCCCUGAUGUGCUCCUCGCAGUCACCCGCUUCAUGGCAAGCCACAGGGACUGGGCCCGACCCGUUGACCGAGCCCGCAUUGCAGGCCUGGGUGCAUUCAAUCUAUGUUUCCGCAUGGUCUUCGAGGACGGGUUCUCCUCCCUCCUCCGUUCCCCAUGUCCGGGCAGAGUGAUGUUCGCAGAGGAAAAGGUCCGAAACGAGGUUGCUGUCAUGACCUUCUUGAAGGAGAACACACGCGUGCCCGUCCCAGACAUUAUCCAUCAUGGCAUGGGAGACGAGAGUCCCGCGGGACUAGGCCCGUUCAUCCUCAUGGAGUAUGUUGAGCAUGUAUCGAAUCUGGCAACGCAGAUACGAGCCCCGGAAUAUGACAAGGGUGAUCGCCCGAUCCUGGACCCGAACAUUGAAGAGGAGAAGCUUGAGUUUUUCUACGCCCAAGUAGCCGAUAUCCUGCUGGAGCUAUCCAAGCCGUCUUUUGAUAAAAUUGGCUCGCUGGCUAGAGAUGCGAGGGGCUGGAAUAUCCCCAACCGGCCACUGACCAUGAAUAUGAACGAGCUCGUUCAGCUGGGGAAUUUUCCAGCCAGGUUGCUGCCAUAG